UAGAUGCGAAAAUAGCGUCACAACUCACAAGAAUAUAUUGGGAAUAGAAAUUUUAUAGAAUAUCCCUAAUAGCUCUCAAGAUUGUGACUUUCAAUUGGUCCCAGGAUUGGGUUUACACGCUUGGCAUCCUUCUAUGUUUUUCUGACCAUCCCCAACAAACCUUAAUUCACAAAUCAAAACAAAACCAACUGUUUUUAUUUUUUUAAACCCCACUUCCAAUCCUAUUCCUCAUCCAUUCAAUAAAUUCAUCAUAGCCUAUAAAAAUACAAAAAAAAAAAAAAAAAAAACCUAUUUAAAUUUUAAAUUCCACCUCUUUCAUCUAUGUUAACACGUAUCUUAAUCAAGCCAACCCUGAUCCUUAUUUUUAUGCUUAUUUUCAGAUCUACGAUAUAACCAAAUGGCUAUCCAGUAAUUUAUUGGGGUUUUUUAUUUUUCUUUUCCAAAAAUCCAAAAAAAAAAAAGAAAAAUGGAAACCGAACUCAAAGACCUAAAAUCCCAACCGUCACAACAACCACCGCCGCAGCCGCAGCCGCCGCCGCUACAACCCACAGUGACAAACGACGACGUUCCGCUCCUUAAAAACUCCGAAACCCACCACAGCCACAACAGCAGCAACAUCAACAACAACCUCGACGAACUCGAGAAGAAAUUCGCUGCCUACGUUCGGCAUGACGUGUACGGCAGAAUGGGACGUGGCGAGCUCCCGUUGGGCGAGAAGUUCCUCCUCGGCAUCGCGCUGAUCACGCUCGUUCCCGUGCGCGUGGUUUUGGCGACGACUCUGUUGGUCUUGUAUUACUUGAUUUGCCGGAUUUGCACGCUGUUCUCGGCUCCGAAUCGAGAAGAAGAAGAAGAAGAAGAUGGGCAAGAAGAUUACGCUCACAUGGGUGGGUGGAGAAGAACCGUGAUUGUUCAGUGUGGGAGGUCACUCUCUAGAGCUAUGCUUUUCGUUUUUGGAUUCUAUUGGAUCAAAGAGACUAAUCGAAUUCCUGACUCCACAGCUCAGGGUAAAGAGGAGUCUGAAGAGCCUGAAAGGCCUGGGGCAAUUAUAUCAAACCAUGUGUCAUAUAUUGAUAUAUUGUACCACAUGCAUUCUUCGUUCCCGAGCUUUGUUGCUAAGCGAUCAGUGGGUAAACUUCCUCUAGUAGGUCUCAUAAGCAAGUGCCUCGGUUGUGUUUAUGUUCAGCGGGAAUCCAAGUCAUCAGACUUCAAGGGUGUUUCAGGAGUUGUGACUGAAAGAGUUAGAGAAGCUUAUCAAAAUAAAUCUGCUCCAAUGAUGAUGCUUUUCCCAGAAGGCACAACUACAAAUGGAGACUACCUUCUGCCAUUCAAGACAGGUGCAUUUUUAUCAACAGUGCCGGUGCGUCCGGUGAUUCUAAGGUAUCCUUACAGAAGAUUCAGUCCUGCCUGGGAUUCAAUAUCUGGGGUGAGACAUGUCAUUUAUCUUCUCUGUCAAUUUGUAAAUCACUUAGAGGUGGUACGAUUACCUAUUUACUGCCCCUCACAGCAAGAAAAGGAUGAUCCAAAGCUUUAUGCUAGUAAUGUUAGAAGGUUGAUGGCAAGUGAGGGUAAUUUGAUAAUGUCAGAUAUUGGGCUGCCUGAGAAGCGAGUAUAUCAUGCUGCCCUCAAUGGUAAUAAUAGCCUGCCUAGUGUUUUGCAUCAGAAAGACGAUUGAUAAUUUCAUGGCUUCGCUCCCAAAUGAUAUCUUGUCCCAGUUUGUUAUCCCAAUGCUAAUUCGGAUUCGCCAUCUGUAUAAUGGUUGCAUGAUUCUAUUAUUUAUAGGGGAAAAAAAUAUGAAUUGAAAAUUUAUACAGAAAAUCAACGUGUCGAGUCAACGUGUCGAGCAAGUAUUAAUAUUCUACUAUCAGUUUGACAUGUACUCAUCCAAUUUUUGAAUGCUGCUUCGGAGCAAGGGUGGCAUAUUCUAAAGCAGGCCUUUCGGACGUUUCAACAUUUUGUGGGGUUUAUAGGGAGGUUAUGGAAGGUUAUUGCUGCUGCCGAAUGUUGUUCUAUGUUAAAAAUGAGCGGGGUUUGUUUUCAAGGGACUGAGCUGGUCUCACAAUUUGCCCCAAUUAAAAUUCUCUUCGUAUAUCAAAAUGGCAAUUAUCGAUU